UCCGUCCCCUCGAGGGCCACCACGGCGGGACCCCCGAGAGGCAGCGAGACGCCCCCCGCGAAGGGCACCCCGGUCCCCCCGGAGCGGGACAGCGGGACCCCCGCCAGCCCCGGCCCCUCCCGGCGCGGGGGGCUGCGGGACGGGGACCCCACGGUCACAGCGCCAGCGCCGAAGGUGACGAAGGUCGCGGUGGUGAGGAAGAAGGUGGUGAGGAAGAAAGUUGUGAGGAAGAAGGUGCUGAAGAAGAAGCCGGAGGCUGCGGCCGCUCCGCAGGAGCCCCCGUGCCCCCCCCUGGGGCUGGAGUCCCUGCGGGUGUUGGACACGCAGCUCCGGGCGUCCAGCCACAAGCGGCACGGGCUGGGCGCGCACCGCGGCCGCCUCAACAUCCAGUCAGGGCUCUACGACGGCGACUUUUACGACGGGGGCUGGUGCGCGGGACGCGAGGACACGGAGCAGUGGCUGGAGGUGGACGCGCGGCGCCUCACCCGCUUCACCGGCGUGGUCACCCAGGGCCUCAACUCCAUCUGGACAUACGACUGGGUGACAUCCUACAAGGUGCAGGUCAGCAACGACACCCACGCGUGGCUCCCGAGCCGCAACGGCAGCGAGGAGGCGGUGUUCCCCGGGAACAAGGACCCCGAGACGCCGGUGCUGAACCUGCUGCCCGUGCCCCUCGUGGGGCGUUUCCUGCGCAUCAACCCCCAGAGCUGGUACCCGAACGGCACCAUCUGCCUGCGGGCGGAGGUCCUGGGCUGCCCCGUGCCCGACCCCAGCGAUGCCCACGCCUGGCACCCCCCGCCCCCGCCCGCCUCCCACCUGGAUUUCCGCCACCACAACUACAAAGAGAUGAGAAAGCUGAUGAAGAGGGUGAGCGAGGAGUGCCCCGACAUCACCCGCGUGUACAGCAUCGGGCAGAGCUAUCGCGGGCUGCGGCUGUACGUGAUGGAGAUCUCCGACAACCCCGGGCAGCACGAAGUCGGCGAGCCGGAAUUCCGCUACGUGGCCGGGAUGCACGGGAACGAGGUGCUGGGCCGGGAGCUGCUGCUGAACCUGAUGGAAUUCCUGUGCCGGGAAUUCCGGCUGGGCAACCCCCGCGUGGUGCAGCUGGUGACGGACACCCGCAUCCACCUGCUGCCCUCCAUGAACCCCGACGGCUACGAGACCGCCUACAAACUGGGCUCGGAGCUGGCGGGAUGGGCCAUGGGCCGCUGGACCUACGAGGGCAUCGACCUGAACCACAACUUUGCCGACCUGAACACGGCGCUGUGGGACGCCGAGGACAACGAUCUGGUGCCCCAUGAGUUCCCCAACCACUACAUCCCCAUCCCCGAGUACUACACCUUYGCCAACGCCACGGUGGCCCCGGAGACGCGGGCGGUGAUCGCGUGGAUGCAGCGCUACCCGUUCGUGCUGAGCGCCAACCUGCACGGCGGCGAGCUGGUGGUCACCUACCCGUUCGACAUGACCCGCACCUACUGGAAGGCGCAGGAGCUGACCCCAACGCCGGACGACGGCGUGUUCCGCUGGCUGGCCACCGUCUACGCCACCGCCAACCUGGCCAUGGCCAGCGGAGAGCGCCGCCGCUGCCACUACGACGACUUCACCCGCGUGGGCAAUGUCAUCAACGGGGCCAACUGGCACACGGUGCCCGGCAGUAUGAACGACUUCAGCUACCUGCACACCAACUGCUUCGAGAUCACCGUGGAGCUGUCCUGCGACAAAUUCCCGCACGCCUCCGAGCUGCCCGAGGAGUGGGAGAACAACCGGGAGUCGCUGCUGCUCUUCAUGGAGCAGGUGCACCGCGGGAUUAAAGGGGUGGUUCGGGACAGUGACACCGAGCAGGGCAUCCCCAACGCCAUCAUCUCCGUGGAUGGCAUCAACCAUGACGUCCGGACCGGUACGGGGGCAUUGGGAUGGGGUGUGGGAUGGAAAUAGGAUCAGGCUGGGAAU